CUUGCCGGGGGCGGGGCGGGGCCGCAGUUCCGGGCCCGGCAGCCGCGGGGUCGGGUCCGGGGGUGCCGGGGGGUACCGGGGGGAUGCAGCCGCCGCCGCGCAAGGGUAAGCUGAGCCAGGAGGUGAAGCUGCACUUCCUCGAGCAGCUCUGCGGGCUGCAGGGCAAGCAGCAGCGGGACGCCGAGCUGCUGGAGGACAUCAGGUCGUACAGCAAGCAGCGCGCUGCCAUCGAGCGGGAGUACGGGCAGGCCCUGCAGAGGUUGGCCAGCCAGUUCGUGAAGAGGGACUGGCAACGGGGCCGCAGCGAUGCCGGUGACUCCAGGGGCGUCCUCACUGUCUGGAAGGGCAUCAUCGAGGGGACCACGUACGCCGGGCAGGCCCGCGUCAACGCCUCCGAGAGCUACCGCAGCCUCGCCACCGAGGCCGCCAAGACCGCCCGCCUGUCCAAGGAGAGGAUGCUCAAAAAGAGCAUCGAGCAGCUGCAGAAGGCGCAGGCAGAGCUGCUGGAGACGGUGAAGGAGCUGGACAAGGCGAAGAAGCAGUUCACCCACCUCCAGCACAGCAGCGAGGUGGCCAAGGACAAGGCGGCCGACGUGGAGGCACGGCUCCGCAAGAGCGACCGGAGGAUUUUCCACACCAAGGCCAGCCUGCAAAAACUCAGCGCCAAGUUCUCCGCGCAGCUGGCCGAGUACUCGAGGCAGCUGGCGGGCGUGCAGAACGAGUACGUCCUCACGCUGGUGUCCGCCAAUGCCCACCUGGACCACUACUACCGCGUGGAGCUGCCCGCCGUCAUGCAGGCUCUGGACGGCGACCUCUACGAGCGGCUGCGGGACCACUUGAGCACGGCGGGCCAGGCGGAGGUGGAGACCUGCAGGGCCACGCAGGAGUGGUUCCAGAGCGUUUCGGAGGCGGCCACGCGGGUGUGCCGGGAGCAGGACCUGCUCCUCUUCCUGCAGGACCACACUGCCUUCACGCUGGCACCCGAGCAGCGUUUCCAGCUCACCGGCAUCCCUGAAGUGUCCCUGCUGGAGCCAGAGGACGGCGGGGCCAGCCUGGAGAAGGAGGCCCGGCGCUGGGCCACGCGGGUGACCCGGGACGGCAAGAACAAGGCGCACGGCGAGGAGGUGCUGCAGAGGCUGGAGGCCAGGAGGCAGCAGGUCUCCGAGGCGGAGGUGGCCGCUGUCGAGCGGCAGAUGGAGGAAGCACGAGAAAAUAUCCGGAAGGCAGAGGUCGGCAAGGCGAAGGCAGAGGCUCGGCUGGCCCUGCUGCGUGCGGCGGGGCUGGACGUGGACGCCUGGCUGGCUGGGGCCGUGCGGGCGGGCGAGGAGCACCCACGGACCCCCAGCAGCACCCGGCCGGGCGAGGAGGAGCCCGCGGGGCUGGACCCCACCGAGUUCGAUGACUACGACAGUGACGAGACGUUUGAGGAUGCCGAGCCCUGGCCACUGCCUGCCCGCACCUACCCCUACACCUGCCGGGUCAUCUUUGGGUACCAGGGCCGCCAGGCGGAUGAGCUGUCCAUCGCGCAGGGAGAGGAGCUGGAGGUCAUCGAGGAUGGUGACAUGGAGGAGUGGGUGAAGGCUCGGAACAAGGCAGGCCAGAUCGGCUACGUCCCCGAGAAGUACCUGCUGUCCCUGGGCUGUGUGGGCAGCGAGCCGAGUUUGGCCACUGGGACCGGUGUCGUGGGCCCCUCGGGGGCCGCCCUGCAGCGGCAGCUCUCCAGCAUCAUGGCUGCGGAGCUGGUCCUGGAGCCCGGAGCCUGGCUGGUGCGAGCCCUCUACGACUACGAGGGGCAGAGCCCCGAGGAGCUGAGCUUCCCCGAGGGUGCCAUCAUCCGCGUGCUGCCCCGCGCCGAGGACGAGGUGGACGACGGCUUCUGGACGGGGGACUUCGACGGCCGCGUCGGCGUCUUCCCCUCGCUGGUGGUGGAGGAGCUCACCGGGGCUCGGGGGACGGCUGGGCAGGAGCUGCCCUCGCCGUCCCCGCCACCCUUCUCCCCACCCGGCCUCGUGCCUGGCACCAGCCUGGGCUCCAACCCAUCUCCCGAAACUCUGCUGGGAGGUGAGUGCUGGGGGUUGAGGGGUGUCAGGGAGGGCCCACAGAGCGUGUCUGAGUCCUGCGUGGGUCCAGUUGGCAGGCAGGAGGGCACAGGCAGCGGGCAGAGCUCUCCGGACCUGUCGGCCACCCGCAUCCGUCCGCUCCGUGCGCCUCCCCCACCACCCGGCAGAGCCCCCGAGCCCGAGCUGGACUUCAGCUGACCCUGGGGGUGUCCCUGGCCCUCCCCGGGCUGCACAAUCUUCACCUGAGCGAAACGUGCCCCCCACCCUUGGGCUGCUCCCCUGGGGCAGGAGGUGGUGUGGAGGGGAGCAGGACCUGCCCUGCACCCCGCUGUUCCCCGAGC